UCUUCCCCCUUAACAUCGUACAGUUGACAACCAGUAAUAGAUAUGAAAUUAUUAUGACUUGCUUACAUUAUAAAUACACAUUAUAAUUUAACACAUAAAACGAAGGGGACUUGUGAAAUCAAUAUUUUCAAAGGAAUGCAGUCACAGGUUUUGUACAGCGGCACUGUUGCUGCUAUAGCCGCCAGAAGAAUAAGGAAUAUUUUAGGAGUUGCUCUAGGAAGGGGAGACUGGACAUGGAAAAGACAGGAGGUCAAAUUAAUAAAUACAUCUGCAGGUGAUACGGUUAAAAUUGGUGAAAUCUCAUACCGAUUGAAAACGCCAAAGAAUCCAGAACUUGUUCCUGUUAAUCACAUGAGUGAGUCUUUGCCACAGACUGUGGCCCAGCAUCUCCGAUGGAUCAUGCAGAAAGACCUACUGGGACAGGAUGUCUUUUUAAUUGGCCCCCCAGGUCCACUGCGACGUUCUAUUGCCAUGCAGUACUUGGAGCUCACCCAGCGAGAGGUGGAGUACGUGGCGCUGUCCCGGGACACCACAGAAACGGACCUGAAGCAGCGCCGGGAGAUCCGUGCUGGCACCGCUUUCUACAUUGACCAGUGUGCUGUCCGCGCCGCCACUCAGGGCAGGAUCCUGGUACUGGAGGGGCUGGAAAAGGCGGAGCGCAACGUCCUCCCGGUUCUCAACAACCUGCUGGAAAACAGGGAGAUGCAGCUGGAGGACGGAAGGUUUCUCAUGUCCGCACAGCGAUACGACAAACUGCUCGAGGAGCACACGAAAGAGGAAUUGGACGCCUGGAAAAUUGUGCGUGUGAGUGAAGAUUUCCGAGUGAUUGCCCUGGGGCUGCCUGUGCCCCGGUACACAGGGAACCCGCUGGACCCCCCCCUCAGGUCACGUUUCCAAGCCAGGGACAUCUACUACCUUCCUUUCACGGACCAGUUGAAACUUCUGUAUGCUGUUGGACCAAAUGUUCCAGCUGAAAGAGUUUCUCAGCUCUUGUCGUUCGCCACCACACUUUGCUCUCAAGAAUCUGGCAGCCUGGGUCUGCCUGACUUCCCAGUGGACAACCUGCCUGCAGUGGUUAAAGUUCUGGAUUGCUGCCCUGCGCUGUCCUCCCACCAGCUCAUCCAGAGGCUGUACCCGUAUGAGUCGAUAAUGGGCAAGGAGGGCAAGACUGCAGUGGAAGACACCUUGAAAAGAUUUGAACUUCUUGAUUCGAGGAAGUACGCCUUCCCUACAAGAGUGAUUAAAGUGGAGGAGACAAACAGUGACCAGCUGAGGCAGGCAUCUGUCACUGUCCAGAUUGCUGAGAAAGAAAUCACUUUUCAGGUCCCAGCUGGAACCAGAGCUUUAGGGCUCCAGUCACGAAGCCUGAAUUUUAUUAGGACACCCAGUCAUGAGGGGCUGCUAGCAGAGAUGAUGCUGUCCCACAUGGUGAAAGAUAUGUGUCUGAUUGGUGCAAAGGGUUGUGGCAAAUCUGUGAUUGCUAAAGAGUUUGCUGAGAUGUUAGGAUAUAACAUUGAGCCCAUAAUGCUGUAUCAGGAUAUGACCGCGCGAGACCUGCUCCAGCAGAGGUACACCCUGCCCAGCGGGGAUACGGCCUGGAGGGCCUCUCCCCUGGUCACCGCUGCCCGGGAGGGGAAGCUUGUCCUGCUGGAUGGCAUCCACCGGGUCAACCUGGGGACCCUGACUGUUCUCUCCAGAUUGAUCCAUGACAGGGAGCUGGCUCUCUAUGAUGGAACAAGAUUGCUGCAAGCAGACCGAUACCAGUCACUUAAAAAGGAAUUACAGUUCUCAGAUGAGGAACUGCAAGAAAGGUCUGUCUUUCCCAUCCACCCCUCCUUCCGGAUAGUGGCCCUGGCAGAGCCACCGGUUGUGGGCAGUGCCUCCCAGCAGUGGCUGGGUCCGGAGCUUCUGACCAUGUUCUUGUUCCACCACGUCCAGCCCCUGGCCAUGGCAGAAGAAGGGGAGGUCCUCAGAGGAAUGACACCAAAUGUUCCAAAGGAGGCUGUGGAGCAACUGCUUCAUUUCACCCACAGACUUCGGCAAACAAAUGACCCCACGGCACAGUCAUUAGCCUCAUCUUUAUCAACAAGACAGUUGCUGAGAAUCUGUCGCCGCCUGUCUCAAUAUCCAGAAGAGAGCAUUUCUCACUCUAUAAAUAAAGCGUGCCUCUCCAGAUUCCUUCCAACCCUGGCAAGAUCUGCACUACAAAAGAACUUGGUGACCUGUGGAAUUGAGGACAGCUCAGAAAAGCUGUCAAAGCAUGAACAUGAGGAUGCUAGUUGUGAAAUAAAAGGUGGCACACUGAGGAUUGGAAGGGUCUCUGUUCCUGUCUAUAAUCCUGAUGAGAAGAUGAAGGUCCCUGAUGUCCUCUUCUAUGAAAACGCUCAGCACAUGCUGGUGAUGGAGGAUAUGCUGAAGGACUUCCUGUUGGGAGAGCACCUACUGCUAGUUGGAAACCAGGGUGUAGGGAAAAACAAGAUUGUGGACAGAUUUCUACAACUCAUGAACAGGCCACGCGAGUACCUGCAGCUUCACAGGGAUACUACUGUACAGAGUCUCACCUUGCAGCCCUCUGUUCAGGAUGGCAUAAUCGUUUAUGAAGACUCACCUCUGGUGAAGGCAGUGAAGAUGGGACACAUCUUGGUUAUAGAUGAAGCUGACAAGGCCCCCACCAAUGUUACCUGUAUUUUAAAGACUCUGGUGGAGAGUGGAGAGAUGAUUCUGGCUGAUGGAAGGAGAAUUGUUUCAGAUCACUCUGCAGCAGAAGGGAGGCCCAACAUCAUUGUGAUGCACCCUGAUUUCAGGAUGCUGGUGCUGGCGAACAGGCCUGGCUUUCCUUUCUUGGGGAACGACUUCUUUGGGGCUCUAGGGGACAUAUUCAGCUGCCAUGCAGUGGACAAUCCCAAACCGCAGUCAGAGCUUGCCAUGCUGAAGCAGUACGGGCCAGAUGUCCCAAGUCCUGUCCUUCAGAAACUUGUUGCGGCAUUUGGAGAGCUGAGGGCUAUGGCUGACCAGGGAACUAUCACUUACCCCUACUCCACCAGAGAAGUGGUGAAUAUCGUCAAACACCUGCAGAAAUUCCCAGAUGAAGGACUUGCAAAUGUGGUGCGGAACGUCUUUGACUUUGAUUCUUACAACAAAGAGACGUGUGAGAUUCUCAUCACAACACUGCAUAAACAUGGCAUCCCCAUUGGAGCGAAGCCCACCAGUGUGCAUCUGGCCAAGGAGUUGCCUUUACCAGAGUGCAGGCUUGCAGGAUACUGGACCACAAACUCUUUUGGAAAUGCCCGUCGCAAGCUGUUGUGCCCUACUGAGUCUCACCAAAUUGAAGUAAAGGGCCCUGUGUUCCUGUGGGUUCAGGGCUAUCCUUUAGAAAGGCAGGAAGCGAGAGCCCUGAGUUUCACAGAAGAGCAGAGCCACUGGCAGAUCCCCAUAAAGGACAUCAACAUCAUCUGUGAUGUCGUCACGGCAGGCGAUACCAUCUACGUUGCUACCUGCAACCCUGUCUCCCUGUACUCUAUGAAGAAGCAUGGUGACACUAUAAACAGCAUAGACCUCUAUGAUGUCUUCCCCAGGACUAUGAGUGGUGUCUGGCAGCCCUUCAUAACCAUUGCUGCCCUGGGUGGCCCACUGCAGGGUCAGGUAGUCUUGCACGAGGAGCAGAGUAACACUGUGCUGCAUUUGGACCUUGUCAGUGGAGCUGUGCGGCGGCUCAUUCUUUCUGAGGAAGGAGAAGAACCAGCCAGGAAGUCGUCAUCUUGGUGGAGCAGCAAAGAUGUCCAGAAGGGUUCUUUUAAAAUGUGCAGAGAGUUUUCCCACAACAACUGGCUACUGUUCUACAGAGAAGAGGGAAGCCAGCUGGAUGUGCUGGAUGUGUUAGAAGGAACAUCUCACACCAUCUCUCUGCCAAUCAAUCUGAGGUCUGUUUUCCUUGUGGCCGAGGAUCGCUGGCUCCUUGUGGAGAGCAAGACCAACAAAAAGUUCUUGCUAACCAAACCUGUACAGAUGGGAGCAGAGGACUCUGGCAUAUGCCAGCUUCACGCCAUUACUGAGGAUGCAGUCAGCACUGGCUUUGGAGUGACAGCAGGUGUUGAGAUGUCAGCACCACAGGAAGUGUCAAAGGAUCAGUUGUCACCAGAGAACCUGAGUGCAGCCCUGGGACAGAAGAUUGUGUCUCCAAACAGGAUACUGUCUGACAAGAACACCUUCGCCACUGUAGUCGUAGGCUUCCCAGACCUCAUGUCUCCCAGUGAGGUAUAUAGUUGGAAAAGGACGUCCUCUCUGGGUGGGGGCAGCUCUGCUGACACCUUCUUCAGCGGGGCCCGGAGGACAGGCACAGCAAAACGGGCCAACUGCGUCAGCCUGCUGGGCACCAAUCAGAUUGUCAGGGCCCUUCCUCCCGCUGACGUGCCCCUGAAAGAUAUCUACCCCAAAGAUAUUACACCUCCCCAGGUUGCUGCUUAUCUGGAAGUAACAGAUUUUAAUUCAAAGAACGUCAAGUACAUUCCUGUUCCAAGGUCCAUGACUCUCUCGCCCUACGCUAGCUGGCUCUCCAAGGUCUCUGACACAGACAUCCUGUUGGCAUCGAUGGGCAGCGCAGGCGUAGUCACAGUGGACAUGGGCGGGUAUGUAAGGCUGUGGGAAACUGGACUGGACAGCCUGCAGCGCUCCCUGCUCGAGUGGAGGAAUAUGAUUGGCGCAGAGGAUGGCAGGCCUGUGCAGAUUACAGUUCAGCGGGACAAUGGCUUAGAUGUGAGUUCUCCUAAACAUGGCAAGACAGACCCUGACAACAUGCCACAUGUUGGUGGAAAUAUGUGGGCAGGGGGAACAGGAGGCAGAGACACAGCUGGUCUGGGUGGGAAGGGAGGCCCCUACCGCCUCGACGCUGGGCACAAGGUUCGUCAAGUGUCCCAGGCGGAGAAGGACGCUGUUCCCGAGGAGGUGAAAAGAGCAGCCAGAGAAAUGGCGGAGAAGGCCUUCAAAGAGAGAUUAAAGGAAAUUGAGAUGAGUGAAUAUGACGCAGCCACUUACGAAAGAUUUUCUGGAGCUGUCAGACGACAAGUCCAGUCUCUACGAAUCAUCCUGGACAGUCUCCAGGCCAAAGGAAAAGAACGGCAGUGGCUAAAGAACCAGGCCCUGGGAGAACUAGACGAUGCCAAAAUCAUUGAUGGUUUGACGGGGGAAAAAGCCAUCUACAAGCGCCGGGGAGAGCUGGAGCCAGAGCUGGGAACCCCCCAGCAGAAGCCGAAGCGCCUCCGGCUGCUGGUGGACAUAUCUGGAAGCAUGUACCGUUUCAACGGGGUGGACGGGAGGCUGGAGAGGACCAUGGAGGCCGUGUGCAUGGUGAUGGAGGCCCUGGAGAGCUACGAGCACAAGUUCAAGUAUGAUAUUGUUGGACAUUCGGGCGAUGGCUUCAACAUUGAGCUGGUCAAGUGUAAUAAGAUUCCAAAGAACGAUAAACAGAGAUUAAAGGUUCUCAAGACGAUGCAUGCCCACUCCCAGUUCUGCAUGAGUGGGGACUACACUCUGGAAGGGACGGAGCACGCUGUGAAAGAGAUUGCCAGGGAGGAGGCCGACGAGCACUUUGUGGUGGUCCUCAGUGACGCCAACCUGGAGAGAUAUGGGAUAAAUCCGGAUCGGUUCGCACAGGCGCUGACCUGCAACCCGCAAGUCCACGCCUUUGCCAUCUUCAUAGGCUCCCUGGGAGAUCAGGCAGAAAGGCUCCAGAGAACCCUGCCAGCCGGACGAUCGUUUGUUGCCAUGGAUACCAAGCAGAUCCCACACAUCCUGCAGCAGAUCUUCACUUCCACCAUGUUGUCGAGUGCCUGAGGAUGUGUACUGGUGAUCAGUGGUGGCGCGGCUGCCCUGUCGCUCAGGAGACCGCACAGGCUACGACAGCACCUGCACUUUCAUUGGCUGUGUCUGACAUCACAGGUGUGAUUUGAUCCCGUCAAAGCACAUCAAGUCCUACUCAGCCUGGGCUUUAGUUAGGCCAGAGUGUCUUAGCACUGCUGACAGUAACAUUAAGAUAAUUUUUUUUUCUACAAGCCUUUGGUGACUCUUAGCAAAGGAUGUUUUCCGUUCAUCACUUUCUAGAAUCUGCUGUUCAGAAUAACACCACACCCCUGUGCCAGUGUCACAUGUUGGUAAUUUCAAAAAUUGCUUCAGAUUAAUUCCCCUAAACAAUGAGAACUGACAACAACCAAUUAACUGUUGUCAGAUUACCACUUCAGGAUCGUUAAUACAAGAAAGCCUUUCAAUGUAGUCUUAACUGCAGGUACAACGAGGGACUACCUGAAGAAUAUUACUGUAUUAUUUGAAUGUAGUAAAAGUAAAUUAUGCUUUGCUCACAGCAACAAAAUAUUGGUCUUACAAUUUUACAAUUGAAUCUCCAAUGGCUCACACCCUUUAGCUGCUAUAACCUAUUCUCUGACAUUUACAAAAGUACAGCCAAAUGUCAUAGUGGACAUUUGUUUGAAAAUACUAGUAGGAAAUAUACAGUGUAGCAUCAAUGAAAAAAUCUAACUCUUUGAACAUACACAGUAUGUAUCUAAGUUCUAAACAAUAGCAAAUCAAUUAUGCAAUUAUCUCUAGGCAACCUCUUUCUGUUCCUAAAUAUUUUUUAAAGUGCUUUGGUCUUGAGUGUCUCCCAGUGGACUCCUAGAUUGGAGUGUCUGAUGUACAGUAAGAAGGAGGGUGACAUCCCACAGCAACGCCCUGUAUCUCCCAAAGGUUCAGCACUGAUAUUGUUAGUUUCAGUUCCUUUUUUGACUCACGCAGUAUAUUAAUAACACUUUUUCAAAAGCAUUUUAAAUUAAGUACUUGUUUCAUAGACAAAAGUAUGAAAAAAAAUACUUUUUAAAAACAAAUUCACAUAAAGACUAUCCAAUUCAACUUGAAAAUGUGUUCCCUUAAGAUUUACCAUAGAAUUAAGAUUCUCAGCCAGUGCACUUUUAAAGAAAUCUCAGUAGUGAUUCACUCUAUUACACAGUAUAUACACAUAUCAGUCACACAAAACUUCUUCUCAGUAAGCAGUUCUGUUUCUGAACUUCCUGUCUCUUUGCCCUUUGACACUGUGGAACUGGACCGCGAGCAGUGACACAGUUGCAUUGGAAUGCUGGGACAGUGACCCCACAUUCCCUACCUGCCAACACAUGCUUGCAUGAGACCUGAAGACCACGGACCCCAGUUCUGUAGAUUUCUCUCUUUCGUGCCCCAUCUGUGUAAGUGCUAGAUCUUUUCCUGUAUGUCUUCAGUGCCUUAUGCCAGAUAUUUUGACCUCGGCAUCUUAAAGAAAUCAGCUUUAAUCUGCAAACCCCCCACUAUCAACACAAGCCAGACUAUUAGAUAAAGCAUCGAAAGGGCUCAAAGAAAGUCCCGCAAGGCUCCUGGAAUUCCUAUAGAAAUGUCCCAUUGUUGGUGGAGCCCACAUUUGAUUAGGUGUCAUCAUCGGCUUUCAUGUAUCUUCUCAUUAUUUGGAUGUCGGAGAUAAAGGAGGGAGGUUUUAUUUUGUAACUUUGCCUGAUUUACGGAAGAAACCGAACACAGACUCUGUUGUUUUCACUCGCCCUUUGCUGCUCUAUGUUCUGCUCCAUCCUUUGCUUAUCAAGAUCCUUCUGACAGCGAGGGCCUGGAGAGUCCCCAUUCAUACAGCAGGACAUUUACUGGAGCAGUCUGAGUGAAGGACCUUACUCUGGAGUACACUGACAGUGUCCCACUUAGGAUCUGGACCCACGACCCUCCAGUCCCAAGUCCUGAGCAUUUCUCCACAUUUUACUGUAUAGCAAGCUCCAGUGAAAGUACUGAGUGCUGCAGUUUUGUCUUUUCUGCAGAACUACAGUAUGCGCCAUCACUGGGUGCAGGAAAAACAUGGCAUUUUGAUUAGUCCUUGAUUGAUAUCUUGUAAUUGAAGCCAUGCCUUAAGAAAUUCAGUAAAUAAUGGCAAGUUCAAUAGAACUGAAAACAAGCUUUCUGGUUAUCUUUUAAAAAAUAAAACUACUGUUGUUUUUUAUUUACUCCUCAGUUCUAAUUACAAGAAUUAUUUGUCUGAGAGCACUUACAAGAACUGUUUAAAUUAUUUAAUAAAAUAGCCUUGUCCACUG